AAAUGGAGUGGGUCAAGUCAAGCAAAACCUGCCAGAUCAGAGGUAUAUGUGAAUGGUGUUGAAUGGUUUCACGCGUCCAUCGGACCUCCACUCGUUUAAGAAAUUUCCUCGCAGCUUCUAUGGACUUCCCUUCCCAAAGUAUGCAGUGGAAACGGCCUUAAAAAAUUUCCUCGAAAUUUCCUCGCAGCUUCUAUGGACUUCCCUUCCCAAAGUAUGCAGUGGAAACGGCCUUAAAAAAUUUCCUCGAAAUUUCCUCGCAGCUUCUAUGGACUUCCCUUCCCAAAGUAUGCAGUGGAAACGUCCUUGGUGCUUGAUACCAACUAAACUGGUGUUGUUGUUCUGCGGCCGAUUUCAAGAGUUUAGGGAUACUCCAUCUCCAAGGUGAAAUCAGCUCUACUCCUGGAUCCGAUACAGAGGUGAAUGCUCCUCCAAGCUCUCACAUUAGCAGCUUCAACGGUCCUAUGAUUGAGGACGUGAUUAGAGUGGUUGCUAUCUCGGGUGUCAUUGUUACUCUAUUUUGUUUUAUUCAUCAAUGCUGUGGUAGGCCGUCAGGUAGUGACCAGCCCUCUAGAUGGCUGCAGUGGCCACUUUAUAGAAAUAACCUGCAUACCGUGGAAAGCAAAGGUUCUCCAGCAUCUGGAAAGAUUGAAACUAGUUCGUGCAAGCAUUUCACCUUUGCUGAGAUCCAGGAGGCUACUAAUAACUUUCAUGAGUCUAGAAUUCUUGGUCAUGGAGGUUUUGGCAACGUUUAUGAAGGUGAGGUUGAUGGUACAAAAGUUGCAGUUAAGCGAGGAAGCUCAUUAGGAGGACAAGGCAUCCAUGAAUUUCAAACAGAAAUAGAAAUGCUUUCUAAACUCAGGCACCGGCAUUUGGUUUCUCUUAUUGGUUAUUGUGAAGAAAAUGGAGAGAUGAUUUUAGUUUAUGAUUAUAUGGCCGCGGGACCACUGAGAAAACAUAUAUAUGGAAAUAGCAAUCUGAUUCCUUUAUCCUGGAAACAGCGACUAGAGAUCUGUAUUGGAGCUGCACGAGGUCUUCAUUAUCUUCACACAGGGGCUGCUCAGACAAUUAUACAUCGGGAUGUAAAGACAACAAACAUACUUCUUGAUGAAAAUUUCGUUGCAAAAAUUUCGGAUUUUGGAUUAUCAAAAAAUGGACCACCUCUUGACCGUACCCACGUUAGUACUGCAGUUAAAGGCAGCCCUGGAUAUGUGGACCCAGAAUACUGUGACACAGAGAAGCUCACUGAAAAAUCAGAUGUUUAUUCAUUUGGUGUUGUGUUGUUUGAGGUAUUGUGUGCACGACCUGCCACUAGCCAAGGAGGCCUUGCCAAAUGGGCUUUGGAUUAUCAGAGAAAGGGAAUGCUGGAGCAAAUCAUAGAUCCUAAUCUCAAAGGUAAAAUGAAUUCCGAGUCCCUCAACAAGUAUGUAGAGGCUGCUGCGAAAUGCCUUGCUAAGAAAAGUGUUGAGAGGCCAGCUAUGCUAAAUGUACUUUGUAAUUUAGAAUAUGCUUUGCAGCUGCAAGAUGAUAAACGGGUUGAUGACAAUAAUGACAGUCAAAUAAACAACUCAGCUACUCAUGAUGCUGUUGGAGAUGAAAGCACCUCAACAAGCACAGCGGAAGAUGCCAAAGGUAAAGGUAAAAUUAAUCCCGAGUCCCUUAAGAGGCAUGGAGAGGCUGCUGCGACAUGCCUUGCUGAGAAAAGUGUUGAUAGGCCAGCUAUGGGAAAUGUACAUUGUAAUUUAGAAUCUGCUUUGCAGCUGCAUGAUAAUAAACGGGUUGAUGACAGUAAUGAGACUCAAAUAGACAGCUCAGCCACUCAUGAUGUUGGAGAUAACAUUACUUCAACAAGUAUAGCAGGCCAUGGUUUGGAUGUAUCUCUAAGAGCUGUUUUUUCAGCGCUGGUGAAUCAAAACAAAGGAGGUAAUUGAAUUGGCAAGGGGAAUAUCAUGUUUCUGUAUUUUGGAGUUACUGCAGCUAGCAAUGUCAGGUAGUUGAAGUAUUAAGACACUUGAUUUUUACUUUGUUGCCUAUAUUAGUAUCAAGAGGAUAUUGCUGUUAUUCACUUUAUUAUGUCUUUAUCAAAACUGUUUGCUACAUUCAUUUUAUUUUUUUAUGUAUUGUCUCUGUUUUGGACAUUUGUCUUGUGACAAGGCAAUCUUCUAUUCCUCAAAGAUCUGGAAUUUUCCACUGAAGUAGGCCGGCUCAGCGAUUUAAAUUUUUGGAGUAUAUGUACAGCCAGAGGCUGUUCAUGUCUUAUAAUUCCAUGCCUUGAUCUAGUGGUUCAUUGUACCUCUCAGGAAUUGAUUGUGCCCGUAUGCUUAUGGUUGGGGACUAUGUUGGUACUUGCUUUUCAUGUUUGCCUAAAUAAUGGUGUUCCAACAUUUCUAAAUGGUGAUGGUAUGAAAAUUAAUGUUCAUCGCUGGAUAUUUAGAUGUAUUCUGAUCAAAUUCUUUCUUGACGAUUGUGCUUCUAUCAAAAUGAUAUAAUUUGGGACAGUAUUCAUGCUUUUCUUAAUUAUGUAUGGGCAUCAUGUUCUAACAGGAGAUUGUUUUUACAGCCAUGGUCUGUCUGUUUCUGGUUCAUUGUUUAAAUCAAAACUUGCGGAUUAUUUCUGAUUUUGAUCCAUAGCUGUUUUUUAACUCACUACUGGCUUUCUCUAUAUGUUGGAAUAAAACAAACUGCUCUAAUAGAAAUGAUUAUGUUAUGGCAUUAAAUUCAAUCUUCAUAGCAGGAGACUUAGAUAUAUCCAGAUUCAAUGUUUUCUUGGCACCCAUGCGUCUGCCAGACAGUACAGUUUAGAAGAAUGUGUAUGCUUUAUCUAUGAUCGUUCUGUUUUGAAUUUUUAACAGAGGAUGAAGUAGCUUAUAGGCAAAGGUUUACUGUUUCCGAUUCGUUAUGCAAUUCAACACUGGGGGGCUAUUAUUAGUUUCGAUCUAUAGCUAAUUUUCUGUACAUAGGGCGCUAAAAAGAACUGCAUUCAUUUAAAUAAUUAUGUGAUAGAAUUCAAAAUUAUAUGAUCAGAUUGAAUGCUGUCUUCACACACAAGGCUUCAGCCGAUACCAUUUAAUUUGGAAUAUUAUUUGUACUUUAUGUAUAGUUGUCACGUUUUAACAGAGG